AUGUAUCUAGAUAUUAGUUACCUGAAACCCAAGAGUUAGUAAUUUCUUAAUAAGCACUCAAGUAAUGUAAUAACAUUUAAAAUCUAGAAUUCUAUAUUAAAUCUGGAACAGAAGGAAUGAUUGUUAGAAACAUUUAUGAAAAAGUUGAUUAUGAAGAAUAUGAAAUGAAAUCGAUUGAUAAUUUUAAAUCAAUCAUAUAAUUACAAUUACCCAAUUCAUGGAAGACUAGCGAUUAUUUAAAAAUGCUAAUUUCAGCAGAUUUUUCUCUUUAAGGUGCAUUAUAAGUACCUUAAAUUAAAUAUUUAGAGAAUUUAUAAAUUCAUCUAGGUUGGCUUAACUUAUACUAAAACAUGGAACCAAAUAUUAACUAAUUAAAAUGUGGAGAUUUUUAUAUUUUUGGAAUGGACAAACAAUCGAGGCCAGUGAUAAUAAUAAAGCAUCUUGAAAAUGAAAACUUCUAAACCUUUUAAUAUCUACUGGAAACAAUUAAACGAUAAGUAUUGAUUCCUUACUUUGUUGAAAAUUGGACCAUUAUUUAUGAUUGUUAAAAUCAAGAAUACAAUUUUUAUGAAAUUGAUGUAAAAUUUAUUAAUAAUUAAGUUCAAUUUUGAGUAUAUUAAAGAGUUGAUGAUUAAUUUUUGUGGAAAUUUAAAUAAUCUUCUCAUAGUAAAUUCUAAAUUAAAUUUUCAAUAAAUUCUUAAUUUUAUCCCUAACAAAACUCAAAUCCAUUCUAAAAUAAAAUUGAUUACUAAUCUUGAUGAUUUAUAAUAAUAUAUUUUAAAAGAAUAAUUAGAAGAAAAAUAUAAUGGUGAAUGUUAAAAUGUAAUAACAUUUUGGUACAAAAUCUAUAAUUAAUUAUAGGCCCCCUAAAGUUCCAUAAGUUUCUGAGUAUUUAAAACAUGUUACAUAUGAUUGUUAUGAAGAUUAUUAAUAUGGAUUAAGGAAACUUCAAGACUUUAAAGGCAGAAAUUUAAGAAAAUUUUCAUCCUUAGGAAGAUUAUCAAAUUAACAUUCAAAAACAACAAGCAUGAAAAAAUCAAUAGAAUCAGCAACUUCUAGUAGCCAUCUUAAAAUUUUAGUUCAUGAAGAAAAUGGAAAUUAACUUAUAUAAGAAGAAAUUGAAGUUAGUAAUAAUUAAGGUGAAUCCGAGUUUGAAAAUUAAAAAAAAAAUGAUUUAAAUUUUUAUAAAACUGAAUCUGUUGGUCCUUCAUAAAUGGAACCUAAUAAUUAACGAUAAUUUUAAACAAUACUAGAAAAUGAGCAUGAGAUUGAGUAGAAAUGUUGCUCGGAGAAAUUUAAUUGUAUGAUAUUUUGA